CAGUGUGCUCGCUCCUAUAUUAACUCUUAAAGUACGCGUGUAGGUUUGUCUUUCCGGGUCGCGAACAUGGCACCCUUGUAGAAGAACAUGUGAGUUUGUCUGCGUGAAAGUGGCCGAAACAGAACAACUGACCCUUCACCGGUUUGGCGAACAUUUGUGUUGAAUCAUGGCAUCAAUGGAGGAGGAUUUUCCUCGUGGUGGACCGGCGAAAAAGUCUUCCGAAUCCAAGGCUGCAAAGCCUCCUGUGGAAGUAGACAAUCUUUUUAAGACUCAAGAACCAGCAGUGAAAAAGAAGAGAACUGGACCCAAAAAACAGGAAGAUGGGAGGGCAGCCAAGAAGCAGAAGAGCGAAGGUGGUGGUCUGAAGCUAAAUGCUCUUACCAAUGUGGAUAUCCUUCAUUUGAGGAAUCUGAAAGUGGGUACUUUAAUGCUUGGCUGUGUGAAGGAGGUUUCAGACAUUGAGCUUCUACUGGGUCUACCAAAUGGCCUCAGAGGUUUCCUGCCCAUCUCCAACAUCUGCGAGGCCUACAGCAAGACCCUCAGUGAGAAAUUAGACUCUGUUGGUUAUCUAGAGGAUGGCUCUCCCUCCCACCUCUUCAUCCCAGGCCAGUUGGUCAGAUGCGUGGUGUCAUAUUUGGACUUGUCCAGAGAGGGAUUUGUCUGUCUCAAAGUAUCCAUCAAUCCUAAAGAUGUAAAUAAGGAGCUCAACUCCAGCUCUUUGAAAGCAGGCAUGACUCUUGGUGGUUGUGUGGAAAGUGUGGAAGAUCAUGGUUUUCUGAUUGAUAUUGGAAUCUCCGGAACUAAAGCCUUUCUGCCCAAAGACAAAACAAAUGAAACCAAAUCACCCAAACAAGACCUGAAGGUGGGUCAGUAUGUGACGUCUCUGGUGACUGAGGUGAAGAACGAGGGUCGAGUGGCGCGUCUCUCUAGAAAUCAUGCAGCGGUCAGUCAGGCCUGUGCUGAGACAGAGCACGGCUGGACACUGGGCAACCUAGCUCCUGGAUUACUGGUAAAAGCUUGCAUCAAGAAGGUGACUCUUCACGGACUGAUAGUGACGUUCCUCUCCUCAUACACCGGCGUGGUGGACUUCAUGCACAUCGACCCCGAUAAGGCUUCAACGUACCGCAUAGGUGAUGAGGUAAAAGCUCGCAUUCUAUAUGUGGAACCGUCCACUCGCCUGGUGGGCCUUUCAUUGCGCAGCCACCUUUUGCUACCAAGAGGUGAUGUGUUGGAGUGUGCAACAAGUGACCGCAUAGGAAUGGUACUGGAGGGCUGUAAGAUGACCGCUGUGCAUCACCACUCUGGAGCCAUCAUGGAGCUGCCUGGUGGAGACGUUGCAUUCAUACACAAAAACCAAAUGAAGGAGCCCAAAGAGGAGUUUAACCCAAAUCAUCUGCUUGCUCAGCCUGAACACACUCUGAGAAUUACAGACUACAGCCCAAUAGAGCAGAUGCACCUGGCCACACUGCGCAAGAGCACCAUUGCAGCAACCUACUUCAGUUAUCAUGACAUUAAAGAGGGGCAGCUCAUUGAGGGUAUGGUGCAGAACCUGGAGAAAUACGGUAUGCACAUAAAGAUUUCAGAUCACAUUAAAGGUCUGAUUCCCAGACUUCAUCUGGCUGAUGUCACCCUCACUAACCCAGAAAAGAAAUUCAAAGAGGGCAUGAAGGUCAAAUGCCGGGUUUUAUUUGUGGAUCCGGUGAAAAAGAAGUUAAUUCUGAGCAGGAAGAAAGCACUGAUAGAGUCUACCCUCCCUCUCUUCCUAUCAUACCUGGAUGCCCGUGUGGGCCUUAUCUCCCACGGCUACAUUGUCACCAUCAAGGACUUCGGCUGCAUUGUGCGUUUCUAUGGCGAUGUCAAAGGUCUGGUACCAAAGCAGGAGUUAACUGCCAGUUCCACCGUUAAACCACAGAGCCUCUUUUACGUCGGACAGGUGGUGAAGGCCAAAGUGCUGAGAUGUGAGGCAGAAAAGGAGAAACUGGUCCUUUCCUUUAAAGCUGUGACCCAGGAAGAUGUAGCAUGCGUACAGACUGGCACAGUUGCCUUUGAAGUCGGAAAGAAAGUAGAAGUGAUGGUACUGAAGAAAGACCUGACUGGCCUUCAGGUGUCCAUCCUGCCAGAGGAAGUCCCAGCUCUCCUUCCCAUGGUGCACCUCUCUGACCAUGUGACCAACUGGCCUUUGCUGUGGGAAGGUCUGCAAGAGGGAGACACAAUCUCCAACACUGUGUAUCUCAGCAAGAGCAAGCAAGGCAUUAUUCUUACUAAGAAACCCUUGUUGGUGGCUGCUCUGGAGGCAGGUGAUGUGGUGAAGUCCUUCUCUGAACUGCAGGUGGGGAUGAUUAUGCUGGGUUGGGUGAAGAGCAUCAUGCCUUACGGCGUCUUUAUUGGCUUCCCUUAUGGCCUUUACGGCCUGGCCCCUAAAGCUGCGAUGAGUGAUAAGUUCAUCGCAGACACUGAAGGGGUUUUUCAGAUAGGCCAGACUGUUCUGGCCAAGGUGACUAACCUGGAUGAGGAGAAACACAGGUUCCUGGUCAGUCUGAAUGUGUCUGAGGUGAGCUUGGCAGAGGAAGAGGGAGACACUCAAGCCAGGCUGAUCCAGGGUCAGCGUGAGAGAAUGGCCGUCCAUGACAUGAUGACCUCUAGAGGUGAUUCUGAAUUGCUGCAGAAGCUGUCUUCUGUCUCAUUAGGGGAUAAACUGAAGAUGACCAUUGGACAGGCCUUAGAGGAUGGCUCGGUCAGCCUGAUCUCAGAACAAUUAAAAAACCUCACUGUAUUAGCUUCCAAGUACCACAUAACAGGAGUGAACACCACCCCGGGCCGCAAGGUCACAGCAGUGGUGCUGCAUGUUGACCUUCUGACUCCUCAGGUGCAUGUGUCCCUCUUACCGAAGCUCACGGCAAAGAAAAAAACAUUGGAAAAGGGCUCCCAACAAAGUGCCACAGUUCAAUAUGUGGACAAAGACUUUGCCGUCAUCUUGCUGGGUGACACUGGUCACUUGACUGUAGUUUCCACGACAACCCACCUAAAUGAAACUUUCCGUUUUGAGACGGAGAAACUGACUGAGGGCAGCGACCUGACUGUGACUGUAACAGAUCUGAACUGUGCAGAACUUCAGGGACGACUUCUGGUAGCUUGUCAGCUAGUUGGGCGCACAACCAAACGACACCGCACAACUUAUGAAAAAGGAGACGCAAAAUGCAGCUACAAAGUUGGGGACCUGGUGACAGUGAAAAUCAAAACAGUCAAACCCACACAAGUAGUGGUGGCCUUGGAGGAAGGGAUAACAGGGAAUGUCCACGUAUCUGAAAUUCAGGAAUCACCAGAAGUUGGCAGCUUUCCAACAUCGUACCUAAAGGUCGGCACAGAGGUCAAAGGGAGAGUCAUUGGCUGUCGUGAAGUCCGUGGCCACAAGUUCCUCCCCUUCAGUCACCCCAACUUUGUUUUUUCUCUGCCUGAGCUCACACUUCUCCCGAGUAAACUGAACGUGGAUGUGGAUAUCCACUCAACAGGCGGUGUACCCAAGCUGGACAGCUACAAACCUGGAGAUGAGCUAAUUUGCUUUGUAUCCAAAUACAAGCCAGAUAUCAAAUGUCUGGAGCUCGCAGUCUCUCCAAGCAUCACUGGGACAGUAGAGCUGCUGGCCAUGAUCAACAAACCUCGAGAUGCUAAUAAGCCACAAAAGCUCUUCAGAAGUGGUCAGUGUGUCUCUGCAAAAGUUGUGGGGAUCAGCUCCAGAAAGCCUGUACGGCUGUUCCUUUCCCUCACAGGGACGCACAAGCUCGAGCAGGGAACUGUUGCCAUGGGAACCAUUCACAAAAUCAUCCCCCAAAUGGGACUGGCCCUGAAACUGCCAUUUGGAAGUUAUGGCUCAGCUUCCAUAACGGAUCUGUCUGACACAUACACUGAAAAGCCACUGGAACAGUACAAAGAAGGCCAAGUAGUCAAAUGCUGUGUUAUUGGGGAAGAAGAUGGAAAGUUCCAUGUGUCCUUGCGUCUGUCUAGGAUCCAUGCUGGGAAGGCCUUGCCAGUUAAAGAUGCAGAUAUCAGGUCUGUCUCGGAGCUUCAGAAGGAACAGAUUGUACGAGGUUAUGUCAACAAUGUGGGAGACAAGGGUAUAUUUCUGAGGUUGUCAAGAUCAAUAACAGGAAGAGUGCUGUUCAAUCAAGCCACAAACUACUUUGUGAACAACCCCAAAACAUUUGCUGAACACGUCACCCAGAAUGCACUGCUGACGGCCAAAGUUAUCCAUGUUGACGCAGAGAGCAAGCGUGUGGACCUCUCCCUGCUUCCAGAGGACACAGGGGAAGCAGACAUUCUCCCAGAAUCCCUUGGGCUCCCACUGCGUCUGAGGGGAAAGGAGAAAGAGGAGCAUGACAAGAUAACCGCCAAGCGGAAACGCAAGAUCUCUGAGAAUGAUCAGGAGGAAGUUGUGAAAAAGAAGAAGCCACAGAAAACUGAAAAGGAUUCGGAGAAAAAGAACAAGAAACAGAAGAGCAAGCUGAAGCAAUCACAGGCUGAGGACCUCGACAGUGGAGUUGAAGUGUAUUUUAGAGAAGAGGAGACACAGAAAGAAAAGAAAAAGGAUAAAAGUAAGGCAGAAGAGCAUGGCAGGCUGCAGGUAGCGUCGGCUUUCUCCUGGGACAUUGAUCUGAACACCCUCAAACCUGCAUCUGUUGCUGAAAACACAAUUGAGUCCAGUGACGAUGAGCAGGACAAUCAGAGCAAGCCGGUGAAGAAGUCUCGGCGGGAGAUGGCGCAAGAACGUCAGGAGGCAGAGCGGAGUUUAAACCGCUUGGAAGCGGAGCUAAUGGAUGCAUCUGCUCGGCCUGAGAGUUCUGAGGCGUUCGAGCGGCUGAUCCUGUCCUCUCCUGACAGCUCACUGCUCUGGCUGCAGUACAUGGCUUUCCACCUUCAGGCUACACAGAUCGAGCAGGCCCGUGCAGUUGCUGAGAGAGCGCUCAAAACUAUCUCCUUCAGGGAGGAGCAGGAGAAGCAAAAUGUGUGGGUUGCUCUGCUAAACCUAGAGAACAUGUAUGGUACAGAGGAGAGCCUGCAGAAAGUGUUUGAGCGAGCCGUGCUAUACUGUGAACCCAUGCCUGUCCACCAGCAGCUGGCAGACAUCUAUGCCAAGUCCAACAAGAUCAAGGAAGCAGAGAGCCUAUAUAAGAAGAUGGUGAAGCGCUUCAGGCAGGAGAAGGCUGUAUGGCAAAGUUAUGGCUCCUUCUUGUUGCGCCAGGGACAAAGGGAUGCUGCCGAUGCUCUCCUCCAGAGGGCGCUCCAGAGCCUUUCCAACAAAGACCAUGUGGACUUGAUCACCAAAUUUGCCCGGUUGGAGUUUCAGUACGGAAACCGAGAGAGAGCCAGGGCCAUGUUUGAUCAGGUCCUCACCAGCUACCCCAAACGCACAGACCUGUGGUCUGUCUUCAUAGACUUGAUGGUGAAGCACGGCUCACAGAAGGAUGUCAGGGACCUGUUUGACCGGGUGAUUCACUUGAGUGUAUCAGUAAAGAAGAUCAAGUUUUUCUUCAAGCGCUACCUGGACUACGAGAAGAAGCACGGUACACCUGAGAGCAUCCAGGCAGUCAAGCAGAAAGCUCUGGAGUACGUGGAGGCUAAGGGAACUGAGGCCACAAGCUAGACCCAGCAGCCCACUUUUAGAUUUGAAUCUGAAUCAAUAAUAUUGGGCUUCAUAAAGACGGUCCUAAUCCAAUUUUUGGACUUUCCUCUAUUCUCUGUGGAACUGAAUCAGUGUUGCUUGUGUGAAUAUUUUUAUUUUUAUUUUUUUUGGACAUGUUAAAAAGAACCGAUUACAUUUUUAGGCAGAUAAGUGACCAAACUAAUCAAGAAAUGUCUUUUUUUUUUUUCUUGCCUUGGUGUGGGGGGGUGCGCAUAAGCUUGUAUUGACAUUUUUUUGUAAGAAAAGUAAUUAAAAUCGUUCAACUCAAUUACUACUGCUGCUGAAGAAUUAUAACCACAAAACAUGACAUUUUUAUUCAAAAAACAUUAAACCAUACAAAAUAAUGAGAAAAAAAGUAGGGAACGGUCAAUCGAGACCCUGAUACAUAUUCAGUGAUAGGGAAGUACAUUGUAACUGCUGGUUACUAAUUUAUAUCUUAACAUUUUCUUCUUGUAAGCACUAGACAGGCCCAUGUAAAGACUUGUAGUACCAGUCGAACAGACAAUACACUUUACUUACGUUCUAUAGCCUCGAAGCAUCAGUACAAAGCAGUCUCACUCUGUUGCAGUUAGUCCAUUUUGCUUGUACUUAAGCACCGUCCUUGUGAGCAGAAAUGCUUUUCAUACAGUUGCUCCAGUUCAGUGCCGUUCCUCAUUAGUUGGUUGCUUAGAGACGCCCCCCUGGGGUCUUUACCUUCCUCUUGACCUCCGCCUUUACCUAGAACUCACAGCUUGUGCCUUGCUGAGGAACUCUGGUCUAUUCACAGAACAUUGCGGAGUAAAUCGAGUGGCUAUUUUUGGCUUUUGCCAAUUGAGUUCUAGUUCUUGAAAGGACGCAUUUGUGUGGAACUCUUUGCCCCCUCUUCAAGAUACUAUAGCAGGUGUUCCACUAGGGCCUCCAAAUGUUGGUGCAUCAUGGAGAGUUAUGUUUUAAUCCUACCUCCUCCAGAGGUGGAGGAUCAGACUGUGUGCGCUCCAAAGGUGGCAGUACUGGAGAUAAUAAACAU